UUUGAAGAUCAACACUCGGGAAAGUUACAAGACACUAGGUCCAGAUGUCCAGGGUUCAGUGUGGCUAUCUCAUAGACAGGAUCUUAGCCGAUUUUCAGUGACGAGCACUGCAUUGGUUACCCAAGUGGACCCUAUGACAUCACCGCCUAAAAGAACAUUCAACGUUACGAGAAACUCUCGUGGUCUAUCCGCCAAUAGGACAACUCCUUAAUAUGUCCCAUGAAGCUAGCUAACAUACGGGUAUUCAAUGCCCGACCGAUAGCUCUAUAUAUUUGGCUCGAUUCUUGUUCGGAACCAACGUCUUCGUCCAAAUGACCGUCACAGAGUGGACUACUUCGUUCUACAUAUUCGCCCUCUUCCUUUGGGUGGUGCUCAGGUUGAAGAGGAUUGGAAGCCGCGAGCCAGGACUUCCUCCAGGACCUCCGACUGUACCCCUGCUCGGGAACUUGCAUAUUUUUCCUGCGGAAUAUGCGCACUAUAGAUUCACGGAUUGGGCGAGAAUUUACGGUGAUAUUUACUCACUCAAGGUCGGACCUGGUACGGUAAUCGUUAUCACAAGCGCGGCAGCAGUGAAAGAGUUAAUGGACAAGCGAAGCGCCUCCACCGCAGACAGGCCACCAAACCACAUGGCAGACGUCGUUGCCGGUGGCUCGAACAUGGUGUUGUCACGAUACUCGGAUGUGUGGAGGGUGCUUCGCAAGAACGCUCACGCGGUGCUGACUCCCAAAGCUUCCCUUGAGCACGUUCCCAUCCAGAGUGCAGAGGCCACGCAGCUUAUGUAUGAUAUAUUGCAAACGCCUGAGGCCUUCUAUACCCACGUUCGCCGGUACUCCAGCUCCACCAUACUCUCCAUCACCUACGGAAAGCGAUGCCUGCGCUACGAAUCUCCUGAGGCGACAUUGUUCUUUAAAGCACAACAUUUAUGGGAGCUCGUGCUGGAACCUGGAGCGCAUCCCCCUGUAGAUCUUUUGCCUUUCUUACAGCACCUUCCGGGAGCGUGGAAAAGUCUUUGCAAAGAAGCCAGACGGCUACAGCGCCAAUUGUAUUUCGGUUUACUUGACGAGUGUCAGGCAAGACUUCAGCAUGGCCAGGAGAACGGGUGCUUUAUGGAAAAGGUUCUACAGAAUCAAGAACUCCUUGGCUUGAACCGUGAAUUAGCAGGGUAUCUUGGAGGCGUUCUCAUCGAAGGCGGUUCAGACACAACAUCCUCGUUCCUGCAGUCUCUGAUCCUAGCUCUUGUGGCAUUCCCUGAAGCGCAACGAAAGGCCCAGGAAGAAAUGAACAAGGUUGUGGGUGAUCAAAGGUUGCCCACGCUCGACGAUUUCGCCGAUCUACCUUAUAUACAGGCUAUCAUCAAAGAGGUCUGUUUACCUUCGAAGUUGCCAACGGGUCGGUUUCCUCAUGUACCCUUUCUCUGGCAGACCCAUCGGUUUAGACCGGUCGCUCCCGUCGCUAUUCCUCAUGGGAUGUUGGCGGCCGAAGAGUAUCGUGGGUAUAUGAUACCGAAAGGCGCAACAAUCUUCGUCAACACAUGGGGGAUAUUCCAUAAUCCAGAUGUAUAUGACGAACCCGAGGUCUUCAAUCCAGACAGGUAUUUGUUAACAGAGCAUGGAACGAAGCCGGGUGUGGAUGACAGCCACUUCCGCUCGACUCUUGUAUUCGGAAGUGGUAGGCGCAUAUGUCCUGGAAUGCAUCUUGCCAACCACUCCUUGAUGAUCAACACCAUGAACCUCAUCUGGGCCUUCCAGUUCUCUCCUACGAAAGAUCCUGUGACUAGUGCAACCCUUCCGGUAGAUAUCUUUGCAUACGAAAAGGGAAUUCUCACCGCGCCUCGGCCGUUCCAAUGUCAUAUCGCACCACGAAGUGAAGGCAAGGUCAAUUUAAUUAAGAGAGCAUUUCUCGAUGCCGAGGAUGUGUUCGUCAAAUUCGAGAGCGGAAUAACAGCAGAAGAUAAGGAAUGGGUAGAGAAAUACAGGGCGCGUGUCAUGUAAUCAAACGAAGGGAUGUGGAGGAGUGACAGUGGCAUUGAGAAGGGCCAGGUCUUUUUGUCGCCGCUACAAUGCGCGUAACACUCUUUUUUUUUUUUUUUUCAAGUGGCAGAUGAUGAAACCU